CCGGAAGUGGUUUUCCCCCGAAUUCUAAAUAGUCGCUGUCGCCCCGAACUCUGGCUGUCCGACGUGUUGUGAUGGUGCAAUCAGGGGUCUCCUUCCAGGAUCCACCGCGUGUGGUUUGUCGCGUCUGCUGCACGUUUCCCUUUUUAACAAAUUACUGCUUCUCCGGGAUUGUUUGUGGCUGCAGUGUCUACACCGGAGGGAAAACUAAACGAGGAAAUUUGAUCUGGUACAAGCAUACACUGAAGAAUUGUUCAUCUAACCAGACAAGCAUGUCUGGUCAUGCUCAUAUAUCUGGGCCUCCAUCUACUUCUUCCAAGGCUCCUGGUAAAGACUCAUUUUGCAAGUGAUAAGAGAAGUUACCCGAACUCAUCCACACAAACAUUGAACGUUCCCAGGUUCCGUAUGAUAUUUGAGCCUUAAUCUAAAUCUCUAAGUGAAACCCUAACGUGGAAUUUCAUGCCUCACUCAAGUGGUGAAUGCGUGUUUGCCAGUAUAGCUGAAAACACUGCACCAAGAUGUUAUCAAACUACCAAGCAAAAAGUGAGUCCCGGUUAGCGCUGCAAUGGAAAUGGAUUCUAUUUAAACGAAAAACGUGCGGACCCAGGAAACUUUCGGCCGGAUCUGCGGGCACUGAGCGAAUACAGUAACCUCCCUGCCGCAGGCAGGCAUUAGCGCGUGGAGACGUAGGCUGGCGCAGAGUGGCGGGGCGGCGCGGCCCCGCCUCCGGAAGGUGCGCAACUGGGCUUCCGGCUCGGCUGUCAUCCCUCCCGCACUUCCGCCUCAGGCUGUCGGCGUGGCGGUGGAAUGGCGGGCUCUGAGUUGCGUGCAGCGCUGGAGCAGCGACUCGAUGCCCUUGCCAUCCGCACGGAGGUCGUGGAACACCCCGAGGUGUUUACAGUUGAAGAAAUGAUGCCUCAUAUCCAGCAUCUGAAAGGAGCACAUAGUAAGAACCUAUUUCUUAAAGACAAAAAGAAAAAAAACUAUUGGUUGGUGACAGUUCUUCAUGAUAGACAAAUUAAUUUAAAUGAUCUUGCCAAACAGUUAGGUGUUGGGAGCGGAGGUCUGCGAUUUGCUGAUGAAACAGUAAUGCUUGAAAAACUGAAAGUUGGUCAAGGCUGUGCCACACCUCUGGCCCUCUUCUGUGAUGAUGGAGAUGUAAAAUUUGUUCUGGAUUCUGCUUUUCUGGAAGGUGGACACGAAAAGGUAUACUUUCAUCCAAUGACCAAUGCUGCAACCAUGGGAUUGAGCCCUGAAGACUUUCUUACAUUUGUGAAGAUGACAGGACAUGAUCCCAUAAUACUAAAUUUUGAUAAAAAUUAAUGCUCCGAAUAACUGUA